CUUGAUGUUAUAUAUUCUCAUCAUUUGCACGUUGAGAUUUGUUAUGUCUUUAUUAAUUUGCAUCUUCAAGAGCUUAAUAUGAAUGAGUUUGAUAGCAAUAAGCUUCGAGAUCUCAGUUAUCAUCUUGAUAAUUUUAUAGUUUAUGCUCGUAAUUCUGACUAGAGGUUCUUCAACUUGAAGGGAAUUACCAACUUUGCUACAGUAUUGGUGAAGUCAAAUUUGCAUCAAACUUGGCUACUUGUUUAUUUGCUUAUCAAGUUGACUCUCAUUCUUCGUGUUGCUACUGUUUCUGUGGAAUGAGCUUUUUUGUUCAUGAAGUACAUCAAAAAUGAACUUCGUAUUAGUAUAGGUGAUGAAUUUUGUAAUGGUUGGGUAGUGCUCAUUUCUUUAACAUAAAAUAAAUGAGGGUGCUUGCAAGAGUGAAUUAUUAGUUGUAAUUGGUAAGAGAAGCUAGCAAAAUUUGGACUUCAUUUCUUAGUUUUUUAAGAAAUGAAGAGUUUUUAACUAUAAUGUUUAAAUAGUCGUACGCUUAUAUGGUUAUAUAAUGUGAUUUAUAGUAACUUUAUAAUAAGGGAAUUGAGCACCCACGAGCCUAAGAUCCUGGAUCCGCCACUAUUUCAAAUGCCCCGUACUAAGCAAACAACUUGCCAAUCCACAGGUGGAAAGGCACCAAGGAAGCAACUAGCUACCAAGGCUACAAGAAAGUCAGCUCCGGCAACUGGAGGAGUGAAGAAGCCUCACCGUUUUCGUCCAGGAACUGUGGCUUUGAGGGAAAUCAGGAAGUAUCAGAAAUCUACGGAGUUGUUGAUUAGGAAGCUUCCAUUUCAAAGGCUCGUGAGGGAAAUUGCCCAGGAUUUCAAGACAGAUCUGAGGUUUCAGAGUAGUGUUGUUGCUGCUCUACAAGAGGUUGCUGAGGCUUACCUUGUUGGUGUUGGAAAAUAUAUAUAGAUGGGGAAAUUAUAAUAUCAAAAUAAUAAUAUAAGAAUUAGGAUAAAUACUACUACAAUAAUACUCUUAAAUAAUAUAUAUGUACAUAUAUAUUUAUAUAAUACUUGAGUCGUGCCAGGCACUGUCCUAAGAAACUAUUUCAGCGGUAUGAAAUGUUUCCCCAGGAUUAAACAAGUCUUCCCUAAUAAAUUAGAGGACACAGAAAUCAACAAAAUAUAAAUACUACAAAAUAAAGCAUGUCGGAAGGAGAUAUAUAUUUGAAAUUGGCUAAGUCUUACUCUUCACUUGGGUUGUUCCUCCUCAAAACUCCAUCAACUACUAUAUAUAGAGGAGCAUAGGCAGUGGAGGAAAACAUAUUACACCAUAUAACUUGGACGCAAAUGGAGAAUUACUUGGAGACAAAGGAGUUAAAUUUGGGGACAAAGUAGAUUAAUACUUGGAGAUUAAGUUGAUGGCAUAAGCACAUUAGUCAUCAACUUAAUGACAUAAGUGCUUAUGUCACAAAUUAAUAGUGUCCAAAAUAUGUCUUAAAUUAUUUUAAAAUAUCCAACACAAAAUGUGUCUUAAAUUAUUUUAAAAUAUCCAACAAUCCCCCAUAUAUUUUAAAAUAAUUUUGAAAUAGAAGAACUCGACUUGCUUUAUUUUGUAUGAUCAAAAUGUUAUAGGUUUGGUGUCUUUCGGCCUAUGAACCAAACUUAGACCGACAAAAUUUAACUUACAGAAUUAUUGGUGAAAUAUAAAAUUUCUAUGAACCAAUUAUUCUUUUGUAAGCUAGAGAUUCUACCAAUCAUAUUUUAAUCCUCAUAUUUUGUUGUUCAACGCGGUUUUGCGCCAAUAAGCCAUGCGCGUGCCUGGUAUUCAUGAGAGCUCUAGAGACUAGGCCAAAAUCUCAUAGGAGCGGCUUCACUCCACUUCUCAUAUAGGUGAAUUCAUCAAGUGUAUACUGCUUUAAAUACACCAUCCACAAGGACUAUGAAUUCAUUAAGAGUUAAUAACUCAUCCCUCAUAAUUAGUAGCAGUUCAAGCACUCUCUAUUAGUGCGCAGUGUCAAUAUCGACUUGUUAUUAUCCAUAUGAACCUACUUCAUGGGAUCUCCAAUGGUUGGGUUACCAUCUCUAUUGACAAUCAUAUUGGCAUUAACCCCAUCUCUUUCGAGGAUUGAAGAAUUAAUUUUCUUCCCACGGGUUUAGUCAGUGAAUCGGCCCAAUUCAGUUUUGAUUUCACAUAAUCAAUGGAAAUUACUUCAUCUCUCAGCAACUGUUUAACGACAUCAUGUCUCAAUUUCAUGUGUCUGCUCUUACAAUUGUAAGACUUAUUCUUCGCAAUAACAAUUGCGGCUUCACAAUCCCAGUGUAUAAACACAUGAGACAAUUCAUUCUUAUCAAAGGGAUCAUCUGGUAAUUCAUCCUUCAUUAAAGGGAUCAACAUCCAUCCUUCAUCAAAGGGAUCAACAAUUCAUCCUUUAUUAAAGGGAUAUUCGCUAAGAAAUUUCUUAACCACUCAGCCUCAGAACCAGCCAACUCCAGAGCUACAAACUUUGACUCCAUAAUCGAUCUAGCAAUAAUCAUCUAUUUAGCUGAUUUUUAGGAUAUUGCACCACCACCUAAGGUGAACACAUAUCCACUAGCAAAUUUUGUUUCAUCUGAAUCAGAGAUCCAAGUUGCAUCACAAUACCCUUCUAAUGUAGAAGGAAAUUCACUAUACAUGAUACCAUAAUUCAUGGUUCCUAUCAAAUAUUUCAUCAGUCUACUCAAUGCAAGUCAAUGCUCAUUAUUGAGAUUAUGAGUAUAUCUACUCAAUCUACACACAUCAUAAGCAAUAUCAGGCCUAGUAAAAUUCAUCAAAUUCAAUACACUUCCAAUAAUUUGAGCAUAUUUAGACUGAGUAACUGGGUCACCAUAAUUGAGAGUUAGCAUCAUAAGAAGUGGUUAUGUCACAUCAAAAGAUUCAAAAUAAUUUAAGAAGUCUUUUCACAUAAUUUUCUUGUGACCACAUUAUACCAUCUUCACUCCUUAUUACUUUAACUCCCAAAAUCAUAUUUACUUCACCCAAAUCUUUCGUAUCAGAAUUAGUAGACAAAAAUAAUUUGAUAGUUUUCAUAAUAUUUAAACUUGUACCAAAUAUAAGCCUGUCAUCAAAUAUAAGCAUAUUAUCACAUAAUCAUUGUCUACCAUUUUUGCAUAAACACAUUUAUCUACUUCAACAAAAGAAAAAUUGUUUCUCAAUAAUACUUGAUCUAAUUUUCAUGCCACUAUUUAAAAUAAUAAAUCUAUAUGCAACACUAUGUUCAACAUAUUCAAUAAGCAUGCAAUUAACAUUUUAGAACCUAUUUUUCUCUUCUCAGGUUCAGGCAACAGAACAUUAGUCAGGCACCUCCACACUUUUAAAUAUUUCACAUGUAUCAAAAUAUUUGAAUCCAAAUCAAAUAUUAAAUUAAGAAAUUACAUAUUAUUUAUAUAUGAGACAUUUAACAUGUUAUAAUCUAGCAUGCAAUAAAGAAAUAGACAAUUUCUUCUCCUUUUUCAACUUGGGUGUAUGGCACAAAAUCAAUUUUGUUUAUACAAAUGUGCCUAGUAGCACCAGAGUCUAUCACCCAGUUUCUCACAUUGGCCAUAACAUUUAUUUCCUAAAUGACCGCAAUAAUCAUAUCAUCUGUUUCAACUAAAUUUAUUUUUAGCUUAGCGGGAUUGUCAUUUCUUUUCGAUAUUCUUUUGCAUUGAGGUGUAUAUUUUUUUUUAUUAUGAAGGUUUUAUUUUUAGCAUUGGACUUGUAACCAUGUAUAUUUACAUACCUGUAAUUUUCUUUACCGUAAGCCUCCGGCAGAAUGACUUGAACAGUCCAGUCAGGGUAGCACCAACAUCAGUAUCAUCAAUAGUUUCAGGACACAUAUUAUAUGCCAUAGUUUCUUAGAUUGUUGGAAAAUAUAUAUAGAUGGGAAAAUUAUAAUAUCAAAAUAAUAAUACAAAAAUUAGGAUAAAUACUACUAAAGAAAGCAAGUCGGAAGGGGAUAUUUGAAAUUGGCCAAGUCUUACUCUUCACUUGGGUUGUUCCUCCUCAAAACUCCAUCAACUACUAUAUAUAGAGGAGCAUAGGCAGUGGAGGAGAACAUAUUACACCAUAUAAC